GCCAGUAUUGGCCACACCGCACCUCACGCCAGUGGCAGUAUUCACACUCCUUUCCUAUGUGUACGUUUUCUUCGGAAAAUGAUAAGAGCUUCGAUUGAAACAACUUCGUACCCUAAUUUUACCCUAAAUUCGCACUUUGCGCUCACCAACACACACAGAGUGAGGACUCUGCAUGUUGUUUGCGACUACAAUGAGGUCAUCCAGUUGUAUGACUAGUGCACAAGUUAAAUCUCUUGAUUAUGUCGGUUCAGGAGUUUCUAAAGUUGCUCUCGCUGCAUUCUUUUACAAAACCACGUUCUGCCAGAAGCAAUGCUGUCCAAGCUUCUUCAGUUUUGGUCAACCUUGUUUAACUUUCAGUUUCAAGAGGAUGACUUGGUCAGUUAGAAGCAGCUUAAAUGACAGCAGUUUUAGUCCUUCUACUUCAAAUAGCACUAAUGGAAGGACUCGCAUAAUUAGAGUGAUUCAAGAGUUUCAGACCAAGUUAGGUUCUAAGAUUCAGGAGGUAAAGAAAAAUCUUCCAUUGAAGCUGUUUUUCUUCUUGGUUGGAUUUUACUGUGCAACGGCCUUUGCCACUGUUAUUGGACAAACUGGUGACUGGGAUAUUCUAUCUGCUGCCUUGGCUGUGGCUGUUGUGGAAGGCAUUGGGGCUCUCAUGUACAGAGCUUCUCUUCCUUUAGUUCGAAAGAGUAGGAGCCUUAUUUCCUUGUUUAAUUAUUGGAAGGCUGGCCUUACACUGGGACUUUUCUUAGAUUCCUUCAAAUAUUGAUUUGAUCUCAAUAUUGGAUUCAGCAAUCCCUUCCAUGUGAAUUGAAAUUUCCCAGUGUUCUUAUGAUGCUUGGCAUUUUUUAAGCAAUUGACUCAUUGUCAUUGCAGUAAUCUGUCACUACUACAUUUGAUAUAUGCAGAAGCAGAAGUUACACUUCACUGCACGAAAGUUGGAGCUUGUUCAAGUUCUAAGGUUUAAAUCCUUGAAAACCAGUUCUCAUAUCCAGAAGCUAUGACAUUGAAGCUGUGAGGUGAAUCAUCCAUAUUUAUGAUAAACUUACCAAUGAUUUUGACUAGGGAAUAUUAAAGAACAUUGAAACAUUCAAAAACUUUAAAUUUUAGAGAAAAAAAACCUCCAGGACUUCUGUUCAAGCACCUCACUGAACAACAUUUCACUCCUUCGGUCCCUUAUUCCUAUGCUUCACAUACUUCCAUCUGUCUUGGCAUGAGAUCCUUGCUAGUAGUGGAAUUGCUGGUAUUCACUUUGUUGGGGCGUUCAGACAAAUUGGAACAUAGAGAGGUUGACUUGUGUGAUCAUGGUAUACAUUGAUGUGGAACUAUGAACCUUUUUGCUGUAAAUAUGGAACUGUUGUACAACAUGAAAGAUGUGACUCUUCCAUGCAGAGGAAACUCGACUGCUUCCUGACCGGUGACAUCAAAACUAAGUUUGAUACAAAUAAUGCAAAUUGGCAGAAAGGUAAUCUUAGUAAGGAGAUUGUGGAUCAUCAUUUUUGAAGGAAUUAUAAUAUAUUUGAACAAGGCACCAUGUGCAUGCCUUCCAGGCUCCAUCAAGGACUGCAAAUAAUGCCAUUUGUUGAAUCAUUAAUUUUUUGUCUUUAUUAGUAUACUGCUAGAGGAUCUUCUGAAAAGUUAUCCAUUUUGACUAUGUACAAUUUUAAUUUCUAAAGAAGAAAAGUUAUCUGUCGUGUCUAUAUACAUUUUGGAUGUACAGUUACCUCCUGAAAAUGUAGAUAUCACUUCGAUGAACGUAUGCAGAUACACUGAAAAUUCUGCUGGGACUAAUUUAUAUGUAUGUAUAUAUUUCAAUUUUCAACUUAACUUGAUGACCCAGUCAUAUGUAUA